AUGCAAACUGCAGGGCUCCAGCUCACAAUCACCCCUUCGUCCAUUGUUAUUGGAGAAAAAGAUUCUGUCAACUUGAGAUGUCUGUUGUCCAACCCACCAAAAGCAAACGCAAGUGUGUAUGUGAUCUGGAGGUUUCGACACAGUUCAAAACCACCACCACCUACAAACUGGGCAUUUAUGCAUCAGGAGGACGACCUAGUGCGGUGUCCAGAUCCCCCGAAAAAUUGCGAGUUCGUCAACCAACAACGAGCGCUCCAGUUCUUCCGGGAGACCCAUGCACAACUGAAUAGACCGGCAAAUUAUUUGGAAGAAAAAGCUCUCAUCGAGUCUCGGCAGCUUCAUACUCUGCAUCUGCACAAUGUCUCCAAACACUGCGAUGGCAUCUUUCAAUGUUACAUUUUGAUAAAUCUUGACGCGAUUGAAAAACGAGCCGAAUUUCACGUUUGGAGUGAAUCAAGGAAUAAAAAACGAUCUGAACUAAAGGAGACUGCUCACAAGAUUGCUGAAAAUUCUUCGACAGUCCACGACCGUUUUCGUCCUACUUGGGGCUCACCAGGUAGGCACAGUCCCCGAGUUUCCGUCAACCUUAUGUUCUACUUGAACCCAAAUUGGACUAUGGCUGUUGAUCUGUUCGCCGAACUUAGCAAUUGGCUUGCAAACGUUUCGUCACCAUACGAGGAGACAUCAUCAGUGCUCAGUUGGGUGCCCACUCAACAGCCAUCUGAUCAACAAUCAAUAAACUCACCCGAGCUACCAAUAUUUCACCAAAUUACCAGUUUUCGUGGUAGUACUGGUCCUCCUACUGAACCCAUCGGUGUGUACUUCAUCAAAGAAACCUUACCCUCUGGGAGUGUGCAAGCUCCCCUUAACCUGACCUUAGCACACCUGGAUCGCAUGACGCACCAACUAAUUGCUGGGAAGAAGUACUAUGUAUCCUGUUUGGUUUCUGGUGCCAAUCCACGCCCACGUGUCCGGUGGUCCGUAAAAGACCAUCGUACAGGUCGAGAAAGAGUCUUACAGACGAGCAACUUCAGUUCACUCACUCAAUCCAGUUGGCUUCCUUUUAGCCAAUACCUAGAUGUGCAAACUACAACAAACCUAUCUUAUCAGGAUGAUGAUGGGCUUUUGCACUGCCAGGUGGAAAACUCCGUGGGGAAAAUGCGUUCAGAAUCAGUGAAGUUGUCGCUGUUAUACGCUCCGGUUAUCGAUCCAUUUGAGAAAGCUGUCAAGCGAGUCCUGGAACUAGCUGCUAUCCAACAAUCCUGUCAGGCGUUUGGAAAACCACCGGCCAGUGUCAAAUGGAUCGACAAACAAGGCCUAGUUGUCUCUAACUCCUCAGAUCUGCGUCUUCCAGGUAUUACCAGGAACGGUGUGAAACAUUUCAUUUGUACGGCGAGCAAUUAUAUCGGAGAAACUAGGAGGGAACUCACUUUUGGUGUUCUGUACCCGCCUCAGGUGUUCAUUCCCUCAAGUGUUAUGGCAAACGAGGGCGAGCGCCUGGAAAUUACCUGUCGAGCGGACAGUAACCCGCCCGUGCGACGAAUCUACUGGACCGUCAAUUCCUCCGCUUCUCUAGGGCAAUCGGAUAGCUCGGCAAGGUAUAAUAGUAGAACCCUGGUGAUCCCAAACGUCAGUCAGAGGAACUUUGGCGAGUACACAUGUCAUGCGGAAUCCGUGGAGAAUCUAGCCGAGAUUUUGGACGAACAAGAAAUGAAAAGUUUAUCCAAAGAUCACGCAAGAUGGUGGCUUACGGGAUACCGACGUUCCGCGACACUCACCCUUUUUGUUCAUUCUGGGCAAGUUGAUUGCAAACGUUGGGUUGGUGGUUGUGGUUGUUGUUGGUUGGCGCAACCACCAACUACUACGCUUCACAAUAACGCACUGAUGAUGUCACCUCGAUUGGUGAUGAAACAUCACCCAGGACAGACUACUCUGUUAGUGAGUCCGUCAGACAAGGUGAACGAGGAGGAAACCGUCAUGUUUCGCUGCUUGGAGAAUAGCACUUCUCCGGGAUAUCCCAGACCGACCAUAUAUUGGUUUAAAUUGAACUUGGCGCGAAUUCCACACAGCCUGUUUCAUUCUGUGGACUGGUGGAGUGUACCGAUUCAGCCCAUUCAGACCAAUUCAACAACGUAUGUUGUACACCGAGCUCAGAUGUUUGACUCGGGAAUAUAUGGGUGUUACCCAAAGAAUUCGAUGGGUGAGGGAAGACCAAGUCAUACGUUUUUAACAGUUACGGGAAAACCUCUUAUCAUCUCAAGUUCCCCGGAAGUGAACUUUGUUGAAAUAACCGAUCUAAAGUCUUUUGCCCCAGAUGGAUCCUACCAUCCUAAAACUGGUCUGGCUGGACCAACGUAUCCAAGGUCUGCUUCAAGUGUUUCGUUGAACUGCACACUACUGGGUAGCUCAGAUAUGAUCGUCACUUGGUAUUAUUCACCGAGUGACACGAAAGGAGCACUGGGAAACGAGUACAAAAUCAAUAUGGAUGAUUACAACUCGGCGUUACGAAGAAGUCCGACGGAAAAUUAUAUCAGUCAGAACAGCUCGAAAGUUACCAACCUUGACAUUACUUAUGUGGCAAGUACACUCGCCAUCCCGUUCCUUCAUUCUUAUGAUGUUCCAACUUCAUUGUUGCGCAACUGGAUGCAGUACCCAUCCCUGAAAUGCGAUCCAAAGUCUAUGCCGGACUAUAUUGACUGGACAGGAGAACCAUCUUUUCAUAUCUGGAGACAUUUAAAUCAACUUCGACAGGCGGACGGGUUUUAUCGCUGUGAAGCAUCCAGUCGCCUAGGAAACACCAGCCACACCAUGCGCAUCAGAGUGCAAAGUAAAUAUCCGACACUCUCGGGCGAUGGGAAUUAUAACGAAUUUUGUACUUUUUAUUAUGGGGGUUUGCAGGAUAUGUAUUGUUCACAUUCAUAUCACUCUCGUUUGAAAAGCGUCCUCUUGUGCUGGCGUAAUUAUUCUAGCGUGCCUACACCAAAGAGGGAAGCACUGGACUCGCGUUUCACUUUUACCAGAGCUCAUCAACAGUACAUUUUCUAUGGCUGCGCCGAGGUUUGA